CGAGCCCCUGCCAUGUCACUCUCUCGCCAUUCAGACAUAAUCCUCUCUUCGGCCAUCCUACCAUAGUCGCUCCUUAUUCUUCUUUUCAUGUCAUCCUGUGGGCUCUGACACCUACAUCCCAUCUUCCGCUCAUUCCAGUUGCUGUUUAUUGUUGUCUGCCUUCUAUCCCACGUUCUUUAGCUACUCGUCUCUUUUCUCCCCCCAUUGGUACAUACAUAUCUGCCUCCUUCUGUAUAUGGAUCAUCGCUAUUUUCUGCUUUAUCUUCGUUCGACUCAUCCCAUUGCUUCAGGGUGUUAAUAAUAAUCAUAAUCUCAGUAAUAUCGGUUGGUGUGGGAAACAGAGUGUCCAGGCUUGCUGUUGGCCUCCUGAGCAAUGAGGACUUCCUCAAUGUUUAGACAUGCUGCGGCUGGCUUCUCGACCGUCCCCUGGAUCUGGCCCCUUCUACCGGUAGCGAACGCACUUUCAUUCACCUCUGUCUCGCAACCCGAUCUCGACCUCUCCUCGCUAGGACGAGUUACGAUCGUCGGAAACUUCGAUACCGCGUCGCUCUAUUCGUAUACAGAACAAUCCGGGGCGUAUACUGUCAACAAUGGUUCUCAAUCGCUUUUGACUCCUCUUCCGAAUGGAUAUAUCGCGGAUAUCUCUGCUGCAGAUUCGCGUAUUGUCACGCUAUGCUCUUUGGCAGGAGACAACGGAACGAACCCUGACAUCUUUGUUGGUGGAAGCUUUACAAGUCUAGGUGGCGUUGAGUCUCGGGGCAUUGCGCAAUUCAAUCCGAAUUCUGGAAAGGUGACCGCGAUACCGGGGCUUAAUGGUUCCGUGUCGGUUCUGUUGUGCGACCAGGAUACAAACAGUGUCUACGUCGGUGGUGACUUCAAGCAAGGCAGUUCCUCAAAUGCGAUUGUAUGGAAUGCGGAUCAGGGCUGGUCAAAUCUGCCAUUUGACGGUUUCAAUGGGCCAGUAGCCUCGAUUUUGAAGGAAACUAGCAGCCAUAUUAUUUUCGGAGGUUCUUUUGAUGGCCUGGGUAAUUCCACUUCGUCACGAGAGAAGAGCCAACAGAUUAUAAACCUUCAGAAUGCCACCAUCUCUUCUGACGCGAAUUCGGCGUUGAGUGGCUACCAGGACCCUCAUAACAUCAUAUGCCAAACUACAGGCGAGGAUGGUCCGGGAAAGACGUGGCUUCUCAACGACUACUCUCCCGGAUAUUGGCGAGCGGAAACACGAUUUGGCUUCCGGCCAACAAAGCUCCGUUUGUACAAUACUCACUUGGAUGGGAGGGGCACCAAGUCAUUUCUGCUCAGAGCACUGCCAGAUAAUGGAAUUAUGAACCUUACCUAUUCGGACCCCAGCUCCGGCAAAGACGUUUUUUGCGAUGCCAUAUGCCCUCUUUCCGACAACUCGAGCGAAAUCUAUCGCGACUUCAAAUUUGUCAAUAAUAUCGGAAUGGGUGGUAUUCAAAUUGAGAUAUCAGACUGGUACGGAACUGGCGCCGGCCUUGAUGGAAUAGAACUUUUUGAAGACGAAAUUAUGACAUACGCAAUCAACGGCUUCAACGAACCGGCCUGUGCUGGUAUCGACUAUCGCUCUGCAGCCACUCAGCAGGGCUCGUGGACCGUGACCACAGUUCCGCAGGGCCAGUCUGAUUACCUGACUGCUCAAGUCACUGACUCCAAUGCGGCUAGUACUUCUGUCACUUUCGAACCUAACAUCAAACAGUCGGGUAACUACUCGGUCAUUCUAUAUACACCUGGCUGCAUUCAGGAUGGAACCUGCAAUAUGCGUGGCAUCGUCAAUGUGACAGGGACAUUCUCCAACUCCGAAUCUGCGAAACCUAUCCAGGCCGAUAUCUAUCAAACUAACUACUACGACAAAUAUGAUACAAUAUACACUGGCCACGUCGAUGCCAGUAGCAGCUCCUUUCGCCCCCGCGUGACCUUGAAAAGAUUAGCCGGACAGGGAGACAUUUCUAUCGUCGCUUCUGUGGUUAGGUUUGACUUCAUAUCUGCAACAGGCGGCCUGAAUGGCUUGUACGAUUACAAUCCUUCUGCCGUGGACAAUAACAGCAGCGAUUUUAUUCGGUCACCGGUUGACAGGGCAGGGACUCAACUUCGUGCCGGGGCCUCGAUACUAAAAUUAGUGCAGAAUGAUGGCGUUUUAUACGCUGGUGGAAACUUCUCGGGUUCAAAUAUCCAUAAUAUAAUGUCCUUCAGCGGCGGAAAUGCCACAGCGUUGCCUCAAGGGGGCUUGAAUUCUGAAGUGAAUUCAAUGUUGGUCUCUGACAAUCUUCUGUAUGUCGGAGGAAGCUUUACUGAUACGGCCGACGGUGGGAACGACGAUAUGAAACACAUCGCAGCCUAUUCCUUUACUUCUAGAUCCUGGUCGCCACUGGGAGGAGGUGUCAAUGGUCCUGUCAAUUCAAUCCUUUCAUUCCCUUUGAACGUCUCGUCAGAGAUCAAUGAGACUACCAUUGCAGUGAGCGGUGAUUUCGAUCAGAUUCUUGCCUUUGGUAAUAAUACUUUCGCUUCUGUCUCGGGGUUUGCCAUCUGGGUCCCAUCACAAAAGAAUUGGUUACAGAAUCUGAAUGUCAGUCAGUCAGGAUUUGUCGGGCAGUUGACCGCGAUGCUCAGUAUGAAUGAUACGAAUAUCCUGGCCGGUAAUCUUAGCUCGGAUGGCCUGGUUAGCAAUGGUGCUGUGUCUCUACUCUACUCGAAUGGUCUGAGCUUGAGCCCAUUUUCGACAGGGUCUGAUAAAAUCAAGGAAGGAGGUGAAAUAUUUACUGGUAUUGUUGACGAAAGCUCUGGAUGCAAUUCAACUAUCCUUGGCGGUCACUUCACUGCAUCAGCUCUUAAUGGGUCCACUGUCGAGAACCUUCUUAUACUCAACGGGAAAGACGCCUCUGCUACUGGACUGGGGACGGAAGUCAACAGCAAUUCUACCUUUUUGGCUCUUGCAGUGGCGAACAACACCCUCUUUGCCGGUGGAGUUGUCACAGGUUCCGUGGGCGAGUCAGCGUUGAAUGGAUUUGUUCUGUACGAUCUUAGCAGUGGCCAGCUUGUUGAAAACCAGCCUCCUUCUUUUCACGGUGACAAUGUUUAUGUCAACUCCAUUGCUGUUCGUCCAGGCUCCACAGAAGUUUAUUUUGGUGGUAGCUUCGAUGCCGCCGGAGCUCUCCCAUGUCCUGGUGUUUGCUUCUAUGACAUGUCUUCAGGGCAAUGGAACGGACCUGGUGUGGAGCUAACUGGUACAGUCUUGUCGCUCGAGUGGGCAAGCAAUAAGGAGUUGGUCGCCGUUGGUAACCUUACUGUUUCGAACAACCAAACGGCCGUGGCGACUUACAACACAAAGUCUCAAACUUGGUCCUCUUUUGAUGGUGCCUCGUCAGCUAAUAUUCCGGGUACCGUGACUGCAUUUACACCUGCGAGAGAAGAUGUGUCAAAUUUCUGGCUUGCAGGCCAGUCCUCUAAUGGCUCAAGCUUCCUCGUUAACUAUGAUGGGUUCAGGUUCCAGUCUCCCGGUAAUCUUUUCGAAGAUGGGACAACCAUCCGUGGUCUGGAAGUUCUCACCACUUCGAAAAGCCAUGGCAGUACACCUUUCCUUGACGACAACCUUGUUCUGCUUGUAGCUGGUCAGCUGGUUAUACCAAAUUUUGGUAAUGCCUCUGCUGCUCUGUUCAAUGGCUCAACCCUCUCUCCUUUCAUCCUUACGGCGUCUUCCAAUGGGGAGCCAGGCAGCAUAGCUCGGGUGAUCACAGAGCAGAAAAACACAUACCACGAGGGCAAACAUCACCACUCAAAUGGUAUCGUUGUUUUGGUAUCUUUCUGUCUCGCCCUUGGCUGCGUCUUCCUCAUCGUCGUUGCCGGAGUUAUCUUGAACAAGAUCCAGCGUCGUCGCCAAGGCUACAUGCGUGCCCCACAAAGUUAUGGAACAGAUCGACGUCCCUCGGCCAUGAAUCGCCUACCCCCAGAGUAUCUUUUCAAUUCUUUACAGCAAGCCCACCCAGGUGCUCCGGCCUUAUGA